UCCCUAAAAAUUCCCGAUACCUUCUCUGGCUCUCGCCGCGGGUAUCCUCCAUUGCUUCUCACCGUCACUUGCCUCCACAGCCAACCACAGACAUCUGCGACUAUCCGAUUUCGCUCGUCAGCCUUCAAAUCUGCAGGUGUAAAGAAUGUCAAUGAACCACAUCAGAUCAUUGAGAAGAAUCAUCAUCACAAAGCAAGUAGAUGGCUUGGCGGGCUGGCGAACCUUUGCUGCUGGGGCUGCUAAAGGAAAGAAGGGUUCUAAAGGAGGAGCAGCCAGCGAUGCUCCAAAAGCAUCAACGCUGAGUAAAGAAGUCAAGUCUACAACAGUAGUUGGUGCUAAUAUUCUGAAGGAUGGAACAGAUCCCAAGAUCUUGCCUGAUUCUGAGUACCCUGAUUGGCUGUGGCAUCUGCUUGAUAAACGCACAGCAUUGAGUGAACUAAGAAGGAAAAACAUUGAAACUCUCCCUUAUGAAGAUCUUAAACGAUUUGUUAAGCUUGACAACCGAGCAAGAAUUAAGGAAAACAAUUCUAUGAAGGCAAAGAAUUGAUAUAUAAUAUUCGUUUCCUUGUUUCUUUAGGACUCUUGUGCUGUUUACAACAAUGUCAUGUACCUGGGUUGAUGGUGCAGAAAGAUUUUCACUUGUUGCCUUUACACUGAAGUAGGCACACUUCUUCUUGAAAAUAAUGAUGAAGGUGGACACACAAAAGAAAAGAGAAAGGAAAAAAAAAAAAAAAAUUGUUCGAGGCUGUUGUCUAUCAGCUUUGUGUGACUCAAACACUCACGAUUUUUUGGGGACAAUAAAGUUCCAGUCAUCUUGGGUUCCA